AAUGCUUCCAAUUCCAAAUAAUAUAUGUACCUAUACAUUUGUACCGAACCGAAGACCUACCAGCUAUGAAUGCUUCCACUUCUCCCAUACCCUUUUGCCCUUCAAAUCCACUGUCGGCGAGAUUUUUAUAUUUAUUUAUUUUCCUUUAAAGUUAAAUAUAAGAAACAAUUAAAUAAGAAAGCUUAGCUGUUUGUCUGUACUUUGAGUUGUACAAAAUAGGAGGCACACAUAUCUUAGAUAUCUUUGAAAAUCAUUUCAUUUCUUCUUUCCACUCACCUUCCAAAUGUCCCAAACCGAUGUCUAAUGCUUCCUACUUUCUUUAUUCAAUCAUCUACACACAGCACUACUCAUUCCAACUCUGUAUAUAUAUCAUCCUCUACUUCAAAAUCUCUUACCACACCAAACCCGUUUAGGUUUUAACUAUUUUGUUUUCUCCCUAUUGAUCUGUAGCUACCUCUCCCACCCCACUAUUUUCGCAAAUUCAGUGCUCAUUAAAACACAAUGACUACUACUUCUUCUAGCUGCAAUAGUGUGAUAAUAUCGCCUAGAAAGCUUCGAUCCGAUUUGUAUUCGUAUUCGUACCAAGAUGAUUCCAAUAUCCCAUUAGUGGUUAAUGUGUUGGCUUCUCUUAUAGAAAGAAGUAUGGCACGAAACCAAAGGAUCAUCUCCAAGAGUGGGAGUAGUGGUUGUAGUAGUAGUACGAAGAAAUGGAGUUUGUCUAGUGGAUCAGAUAUGAGGACUCGAAUCUUUGAUUGCCAUGAGACUCCAGAUAUGACCAUUCAGUCCUAUUUAGAAAGAAUUUUCAGAUACACAAGAGCAGGGCCCUCUGUGUAUGUCGUUGCCUAUGUUUAUAUUGAUCGUUUUUGCCAGACCAAUCCUGGGUUUCGAAUUAAUGCUCGAAAUGUACAUAGGCUUCUCAUUACUACAAUUAUGGUGGCUUCUAAGUAUGUCGAAGACAUGAAUUAUAGGAACUCUUACUUUGCAAGAGUUGGGGGACUAAGCACUAAUGAGUUGAAUAAGUUGGAGGUUGAAUUUUUGUUCUUGAUGGGGUUCAAGUUUCAUGUGAAUCUAAGUGUUUUUGAAAGCUAUUGCUGCCAUUUGGAAAGAGAAGUUAGCAUUGGGGGAGGUUACCACAUUGAGAAGACAUUAAGAUGUGCUGAAGAAAUUAAAUUCUCCAGCCAAAUUGAGCAAGGGAGAUUUAAUCAAAUUGCUCGUGUUAUGCUAUAGUGAUUUAUAGUUAAAAUUAGUUGAUGAUGAUAGUCAUCAACUUAUAAAAAGAUUUUUUCUUUCAUUUUUUGGGUAUGUUUUUCCUAUAUACAAGUGAGAGUGAGACUGUAAUUCGCUGUAUAGAAUUGAGGUAUAUAUGUAUAAAUAGAGGAUGCCGGAUUUAUUACU